AUGGCCACAGUCGCAAUUUCCUGGGGAACCGUCAAAUCCCUCCUCAUUUUCUUUGCCCCCGUCUUACUCCCCCGCCUAAUCACCGCAUACCGAAGCCUUCGAGUAUCCAUUGCGAGUCGACCACCGCCUCGUCCUCUACCUGCCGCGCCCGCUCGAGCGCUCAACAUCUUGUUUGGCGGCAUUGUGUUCUUUCUGCUCUUGAGCCUCCCCUUCAACCCGCACGCGCCCGACUCCAACAUCUUCUCCCUCACUCGCUCUCGCCUCAACACUCCUACCGAUGUCAUCUUCAACCGCCUCGCCCGGCUCCGGCCAAAUAACCUCCUGACCGAGGCCGACAAACUACUUCAGUCCAAGUUCAUCUCUCUCGGUGCCCGCAAGGUAUACUUGACCUUUGGCCCUGAUGCAUUGGUAUCAUGCCCGUACUGCUCCUUCGAUGACCUCAACACAUACUUGAUGUACUAUCUACCGUUCAAUGUGUUACUACCCCACCUAGUGCACCUCCUGCUCCUCGGCGUGGCAACGUCGGCGCCCAUUGCAGGCCCCGAAUCUUCCCGCUGGCGCAACAAGUUUACAAUCGGUGGCCUUGUUCUCGUAGCGAUUGACAUCUACAUUGUUGCCACCUACGACGCGAUCCAGGGUGCGCCGCUUUCCGUACGCGCCGGCCAGACGCCGCCCUCCAGCCUCUACAACCACAUCACGUUCCUCCGACCGCUGGCGUUCGUGCUCUACGAUGUGGUCUGCUCCGUCGUGCUAUGGCUCUCCGCGACCAACCGGUUCUUUUUCAAGCCACCCUCGCCGGUGGAUCAGGUUGACCAAGCUACAUCGAUGGCUAUGCAGGGGGUCAUGAGUGCAAACUCCAAACUACAUGCUGCGAACGUUACUCGCAAUGCGGUGGUUCGGGACCCGACUUUGAAGAAUCGCGAUGAUCUGUAUUGGCGGACUAUGGCAGCUUCAGAGAACCCCGCCCAGGGGUCCGGAGAAGGUGGGGAACAGAUCCUCAACAAUAUUUGGGAGGAGGAGGAUGUCGUAAGGGCCAUAUCGCGAGCAAUGGCCGGACAGACUGGUAUUGAUUUGGCCCAAUUGGGGGUCAAUGCCAAUGACCAUGUGCGAGAGAUUACGGAGGGUUUAGACUGA